AAGAAAUGAAAACCAAACUCAUACUGCUCUUAUUAUUCUUCGUCUUUCAACUUACCACGUUAACUUCUAAUGGAGUAUAUGUUAAUCCAACAUUUGUACAGCCUGAUACGGGAGCUGUUUGCUUGAGUGGGAAACCAGCAUCAUAUUACUUUCUCCAGGGAUUUGGCAAGGGAAUUCACAAUUGGCUAGUAUUUCUUCCUGGAGGAGGAUGGUGCGCUACCCCAGGAUAUUGCAUCAAAUAUGCUAAUAAUACACCUUUUGGUAUACCAGUCUAUUUUGGUACAAUUCUGAACAAUAACAAAACAACAAAUCCAGAUUUCUUCGACUGGAAUAAAGUUGUGAUCACUUAUUGUGAUGGCUCAUCAUUCACAGGCAACUCCCAUACAAUUUACAAUGGUACCAAUCUCUACUUCAAAGGUGCUAGGAUUUUCGAUGUUGUUAUGCAAGAGUUGCUUCAAAAGGGAAUGGGAAUGGCCCAAAAUGCACUUUUGGCUGGUAGCUCUGCGGGAGGGGUUGCAGCUACACUUCAUUGUGAUCGAUUUCACAAUUUGUUGCCUAAUGCUACUCGAGUGAAAUGCUUAUCAGAUGCUGGAUAUUUCUUUCCUUCGUAA